UACUCAGUACUCGGCAUUCACGGCGUCGACGACGAUCGUACACUACUACUACUACUACUAUUACUACUACUACUACUACACUAUUUAUUAUUACUAUUACUGCUGUUACCAGUUACACUACUAUUACCGACUUACUACCACGGUAAUACACACACACGCGCGCGCACGCGAGAACGCUCGCCGAUAUUAUAUAUUAUAGGUAAACAAAUCUGUCGGCUCGGGCCAGUCCAGUUGUGUUCGCCAACGUAUCGACAGCGGUCUGCCGCCACAUUGAUAUUGGCGCGCUACUCUUAUAGUGCGAUAUUAAUUUAAUAAAUCAUAAUCGUAUAUUAUACCUGUGCGCUUUGUAUAUCACACGCUCUCCGUUUUUAACCGCCCCGUGCGUGUGUGGUGAAUUAUUCGAGUUCGGCGGUAAAGCCGCUUCGUUUAUGCGGUUUUUAUUUUCGUAAUAAUAUUAUUGUCGUCGUCCGUUCAAAAACGAGACGAUUGCCGCCGACGACGACGACCUAAGUCAAUCAAACCGGAUGCGGAAGACGGGGACAACAAACACGUCGUUAUUGUCAUUUCUGCACUGUCAACUGUUUUUCUCCUGUUCUUUUAUUUCUUAUUCAUUGUAUCCGAAUAAUAAUUGCUUAAUAUUUUCCCGUUAACAACAUCCCGCUUUAGUCACCCCGGUGGGUGAUAGGUACUACGCCUUCAAAGAAGAUAUACGUCGAUGAACAUAGUCCGCUCGUUAGUCAUCGACUACUGCAACGAAGGAUAUAUUAUACCAGGUUUCCUAUCGAAUGACAAAAUCCUAUGAUGAAUAAUUCGUCUGCUACGUAUACAAAACAUCGUUAGAACAUAGACAGUCUUAGAAAUAAGCCAAUCCACCGAUCAACUUAAAAAAACACAAGUACAUACAAUUUCGGAUUAAAACAUGGCGUCCGCUACCCGAAUGGUACUUAUGCACCUUCCCAAAAACAAUCCAAUCGACAUCACAUUUACGGACAUCCAGUUCACUGUUGACGUCGGAACGCUGCGCAAAGAAAAAAAACAAGUACUUAAAGGCGUAUCUGGACGUUUUAACUGUGGCGAAUUAACUGUAAUUAUGGGACCAUCUGGUGCUGGAAAAUCAACCCUUCUAAAUAUACUUACUGGAUUUGAACGCAAAGGAAUGAACGGUGAAGUCAGGACAAGCCGCGUUGAUGACGAUGACUUGCUAUUAAAUAAUGAUUUGAGAAAAAAGAAUAACGAGGGUCGUACUAUAUGCCGAAAAGAAUCCUGUUACAUAAUGCAAGACGACCAAUUGUGCCCACUUUUCACUGUAUUAGAAAUCAUGAUGAUGGCAGCAGACUUGAAACUCGGAUACACACUCUCCUACAAAUCUAAACUUCUUGUAAUCGAGGACAUUCUAGACAGCAUCGGACUUUCCGGCAGCCUUCACACCAGGUGCGGUAGAUUAUCCGGCGGACAGAAGAAACGCUUAUCCAUCGCUCUUGAACUUAUUGAUAAUCCACCCAUCAUGUUUCUCGAUGAACCCACUACUGGUUUGGAUAGUACAAGUUCACAUCAGUGCGUGUCGAUCUUGAAAGGUUUGGCCAAAGGCGGCCGGACAGUGGUUUGCACGAUACACCAACCCAGCGCCAGCACAUACGAAAUGUUCGAUCACGUCUACAUUAUGGCCGAAGGGUACUGCGUAUACCAAGGCUCUAGUCAGAACACCAUACCUUAUUUGCAAACAAUCGGUCUUAACUGUCCGCAAUAUCACAACCCAGCUGAUUUCAUUUUGGAAGUAGUGACGGGUGAAUAUGGAAAUUUCACCUCUCAACUCAAAACGGCAGCUAUUGAUAAAUCAUGGCGGACACCACCUCAAAUCACCGAUUCACGUUCGUUAUUAAAAAGAAAAUCUAAAAAUCCUGGUCCGACUACAUUGGUCUUGGUCAACCAGCCUUCCGAAUUCAAUAAAUUAUUAGUAUUGAUACACAGAAGUUUAAUGCAGGUCUACAGAGAUUGGACGGUUACUCAUGUAAAAGUAUGUAUGCACUUCCUCGUUGGAAUAUUAUUAGGACUUUUAUUUGAAAACGCUGGCAUUGACGGUGGCAAAACCAUCAACAAUAUUGGAUUCUGUAUUGUGACACUCGUAUACUUAAGCUACACAUCCAUUAUGCCAGCUAUUUUAAAAUUCCCAUCAGAACUACACAUUCUGAGAAAAGAAUUAUUUAACAACUGGUAUAAACUAUCAACCUAUUUUGUAGCGUUUCUCGUCACAAAUAUGCCUUUACAGAUGAUGUUUUGUUUUAUUUACACAUCAAUUUCUUACUACUUGUCAGCACAAAUGAUGACGUGGACCAGAUUUUUGAUGUUUUUAUUUGUUUGUCAGUUAAUGACUCUAAUAUCUGAAGGUAUUGGCCUUAUUCUUGGGACUGCUAUGAAUCCAGUUAACGGAGUCUUUAUUGGUUCAAUCAUCACUUGUCUAUGUAUUCUCUUCGCCGGUUUCUUAGUACUUUUCAACCACAUGCCUAUUACCCUGUAUUAUGUGUCUUACAUCAGUUAUAUGAGGUAUGCGCUAGAAGGGCUAGUCGUUUCUAUUUACGGAUAUGGUCGUGAACCUCUAAUCUGCUUAAAUGAAGAAGGUUACUGUCAUUACCGCUUCCCAGAAACAACAUUCAAGGAAAUUGGUAUGACCGAUGGAAAAUAUUGGACGGACAUAUCAGUGAUGGUUGGAUUUUUGAUUUUCAUUGUGAUAAUUAGUUUUCUGACUUUACGAAAAAGUUUGAAAUGUCGUUAAGCCUAUCAAUCUGUGAUUAUUAUCUUUAAAAUAUAUGUUGAACUUGUUUCUUUAACUUGGUAAACAAUUUACCCAAUAUAUAAUUUAAUUGAUAUUAUCUUAAUAAUUUAGUGUAAAUAAUUCUAUACUUAAGAUUUAGGAUUACCGGUAUAUUUAUAUUAAACCUAAGUGAUAGGUACCUUGCUAUUUAGAUUUAUAGAAUAUUGUUCAAUAUAUUUUUAUUCUUUUUAUUUAUGUAAAUUGUAAGUGUUGUAUUUAAUUUUUAUAUCAUUGAUAUUAGAUAAUGUUUAUUGAUAUUCAACUAUUUAUGUAAAAUACCCUUAAUUUUAGGUACCUAUUGUAACUAUAUUGUUUCUAUCGAUGUGAAUUAGUACUUAAUGCGGUAGGUUGAUUGUAAAAAUAAAACUAUUUUUUAAAUGUUUUUAA